AUAUUUGUGUACUGAUUUCUGAGCUGUACUCGAUUCUACACAAAUCUUAUUUGGAAGCCCAAGCCCAAAAUUAAAGUCAGAGCCUACGCAUUCGACAAGAAAACAAUCAAAACGCUACAAAUAGGAAGCUGCCUUAACAAAAAGGGAGCUGCCAACUUGCAUUUUACGCAUUUGCGUUUCGUUUGUUCCACUCUUGUGCCAGCCGUAGCCCACGCCCACAUUUGUGGCGUGUGCAACCAGAAGCCGUCAAGACGACUUACUCGAUAAUGAAAAUGAGCUCGCCCAGGAUCAUGCAGCAGAAACGGAGUAGCAAAUCCUCCAAUUCGUCGCGGGUCUCAAUGACGACCUCGACGGCGGAGGAGAAUCUCAUCGAGUCGAAGCUCUUUAGCUGGAUGCGGCUCUUCCGCUUCGCCUCGCUGCUCUGCCGCGCUGAGUAACGGGAGUUAGUCCUUCUAUAAGAUACCCGUACACCCCAACCCCCACCCCAACUCCAUUAAAAGCCCCCGCAAAUAUUAAGAGAAAUGCAUACAAAAGAUAAAGAUACCGAUACUCGAACUAGUUGCCGCUUUUCAGUCAAGUUUUCCUAUACUUAUGUAUGUAUGUACUACUCGUAUAUAGACAAUUGAGACGGAUUACAUUACCAAAUUCACUUAACCUUUUUCCAGCAAUGUAGAAAUGUAAGAUUAAAAAAGAAGGAAUAUUCCCCUUUCCCACAAAAUCCCCAAAAAAUUACAAAAAUGGAUGAAAACCAUGUUUAAGUUUAAGCUUCUUUUGGGAAAUCGAAAAAACCCUAAUUUCUGUUUACUUUUCACAAUUAAGUCAAUUUUUAGUGUAAAUUCCAUGGGAAUCCCCGCGAAUCCCAUUGGAAUUUCUCGCGCCUUUCGUACCUUUUGUAUUGUAAUAAGUGAAAACAAAGAAAACUAUGAGAAAAACAACAAUUACAACAACUUACAAAGCUAAUAAAUGUUACAUCAUAAUCCA